AUGGGCAGCCCAGAUCCAGGACCAUGGGAGGUCUCUGAGGGUUCCUGUUUUGUUGCUCUCACCUACGAUCUUCUCGACGCCGCAUCUAUCAUGAAUCGAGUUCGCUCACCACAAGCAGGAGCCAUCGUCCUCUUCUCCGGCACGACACGCGACACAUUUGGCGAAAAGCCUGUUAAGGAGCUGCAGUACAGCGCCUACACACCGCUCGCCCUGCGCACCAUGAUGUCAAUCGCCAAGGCCUUGCUCGAGAAGCACGGGUUGAAAGGCGUCGCAAUGAUACACCGGCUAGGGACGGUCCCCAUCGGCGAAGAGAGCAUCCUGAUUGCGGUAUCUUCGCCACACAGGCAGGCGGCAUGGAGGGCUGGCGAGGAGGCUUUGGAGGAGUGCAAGGCCAAGGUCGAGGUAUGGAAGCGGGAGGAGUUCCACGGCGAGGAGGGCGUGUGGAGAGCAAAUCGAGAUGGAAUUGCCGGGCAGAAGGAGAUUUCAGGGGAACAGAAUCUCUCAGCAAGCACGAUUUCAAAUCAAACAAAGUGA